AUGACAUCCAUCGUACAAGAUCUUCGUGCUGACGAUGAUUACGAUAAUUUCUCAAGUUUUGAUAAUUCUUAUGGGAUUAAACAUUGUAUGCAAUUAAUUCGUAGGACGACAUUUCAUUAG